GCUCUUUAUUACAAAAAUGAAAGAGUUAGUAAAGCAGUGCAUUGUUUUUAUAGAGCUUGAGUGCACUCCACCUACUCUGCUGACCAGAGGAAAAGGUCCCUGCCUUGGGGAGCUUGCAGUCCAUAAUGAUGUAUUGAUCCAAACCUGCUUCUGGGCAGCUCUGCCAGCCCGUGAGGCUGCUCAGGUAGUGAGAUCUGGGACAAAUGUUUGCUCGAAAUGGAGGGAAUGGUGGCAGAACAGGGCUGGGAGCUAAUUAACCAGGCAGUGCAGUGCAAUAUGUUCUCCUUGUGUGCUUUGAGUUCAGUUUUCUUUGUAUUCUUUUGGUGUUUCUAAAGCUGUAGUUAAAUAUUUGACGCUGCUGUUGCUGUAACAUGAUGUGAAGUGUCUGAGUAAGGUGUACAGGCAGCUGCUGACUAAACAAGGUGGGACUGUUCUUCAGCAAGAUGGUUUUCCUGAUCUGAUUCACUGUGUGGCCACGUAAAUGUGCAAGAGCAGAACGUGGAUGUUCUUGGGAUGAGUGAAGCAGUUGCAGAAGCUGGCAGUCCUGCUGGUUUUGAUCUGUUUUGUUUUUCUCUGAAACAGCAUCCUAGCAUUGCAGAAAAAUAUUACAAGUGCUGUGGUUUGAGUUCUGGUUUGUAGAAACCCACAGUUUGGGUUCUGUUCUGUGCAGACAAAUCUGCUCCUCUGGGUAUUGCAGAGCUCUGCCUUUAUGGCAGACAAGAGGAGCAGCAGAGGAACAGAUUUCUUUUCCUGGUGUCUUAACAUUCACCCUUCAUAGGGUGCGUUCCUACAAGCUUCCCUUUGAAAUCUCUUUGGGAAGUCAGUUGCCAUCAGGUGCCAUUUAGUGUCUGUCUGUAGCUCACAACGCAGUUUGUCCUGCCUUUCUGCAUGUGGGUGACCUGGAGGCAACCCCUCCGUGGGACACAAGGGUUCUCCUGCCUGCAGAGCACGCUGCUGUCUUAUUACUGUUACUUAAUAAUCAGUUGGCCUGGACAUGAGGUUGCGAAAAUUUGAACCAAUUGCAAUCUGUUGAACUUUACCCUGUGCAUACAGCUUGUUUCCCUGCCUUCCUCUUAUUGCUGACAGGGUAUUUAAUGAAAACAAAUCUAUGUUAAAAUAAGCAGCUACAAUUAUAGAGCAGGAGAGCUUGGCUUGGCUGCUGUCUGUGGUGAUCAGCUUUUAGUGCUGGCUCUCGUAGUCGGGAUUUUUCAUCGGAGGCCAUGGAGCUUUCAGCCAACGAGCUCAGCAUCUAUGACAAGCUAUCAGAGACAAUUGAUCUGGUGAGACAGACUGGGCACCAGUGUGGGAUGUCAGAAAAAGCCAUCGAGAAAUUCAUCAAGCAGCUCUUGGAAAGGAAUGAACCCCAGAGGGGCCCUCCCCGCUACCCUGUUUUAGUGGCCAUCUACAAGGGCCUGCUCACGCUGGGACUGGUCUUGCUAACUGUGUACUUUGUGAUCCAGCCAUACAGCCCGCUGCCACCCGAAACUCCACUCUCCAGAGCCCACGCCUGGGGCUCCCUCAUCGGCCACAUCCGGCUGCUCUCUCUCCCUAUUGCCAAGAAGUACAUGCUUGAGAAAUGCCAGGACUGGUGGGCAGCAGGUUGCAGACAAAACACUUCUACACUUCCUGCAAACUGCACAGCAUGUUCUACUGUGAAAAGCCUUCAGAUUGUGACAGACAUCGGGGAGCUAUCAGAAAAACUCCAGAGGUCUCAGCCUUUUCUAACCAAGACAGGACAAUCUCUCUCAUACGAAGAACUAAAGCACUUUCAGUCCCAGGAUCCUGAACUGGCACAGAUUAUCAUAGAAGAAAAUUCAUCUGAAUUGUGGAGCUGCCUCCCAAGACAGAGCUUCCCAUUUUUCCUUCCUUGGAACAGGUCUGUGAACAGAACUCAGAUUCUGCAGGAAUUUUUCCCUACUUCCUCUUUGCUGUCUUUCCCCAAGACAGUCUCCCUAGAGAACUGCUUUCUCAUCCGCCAUCCAGAUUUGGGGAAUAAGAGCUACAGUUUGCACAGCCUCUUUGUUGUUGGAAGUGGACAGCUCACCCUGACUGUUGUACCUCUGGACAAGUGCAGAGGACACUGCGAGAUGUUCAAGGUGGAUCUGGAAGCUGGAGAUUUGGGUUAUGCCAGCACGGAUUACUGGACGAUGAGCUUCGUGGCCAAAGGGACAGAGCCAGCUGUUGUUUGUUAUGGAGCUGCUAGCUAAGGACUGUGGCAUAGGAAAACAGAGCUACUUCCAGGGCAAGAAGACUUUCAGCUUUGAAGCCAAGGCAACAUCUUGAAAACGAUAGAGUGGGGCAACUGUGACAGGCAGCUUUGCCACCCUGCAUGUUUACAGUGUUAAAAAAUGACUGUUGUCCUGACCCUUGAGGUAAUUCUUUGCCUUUUCUCAGAUGUAUUUUUGGAGAAGCUCAAGCUAUUUAUGACCUUUCCUGUCCCCUCAGGUAAGCUGCGGGCUGGCAGCAAGGGUUUUUUUUCCAGGAGCAACAGAAGGGUUUCUCAGGAUGAGAUUAAUCUUGUGUCCUUUCUGGAUUUAUGGCACUUCUGAAACUUCGAGGGGGGGAAGAGGGAACAUUGGGAGUGAAGGCUGUGUGUGUGACAUUUCUGUAUACAUUCCUCCUGGGGAGGAGGCUUGAAGCCUGCCAUGUCAGGCCAUCUCUACAAAGGGAAUGAAUUGACAUAUCCCACCUCCACCCCAUCUCUCACACGUGUGGCUGCGUGCCUCAGCAGUGCGCCCUGCAUCACCAGCCUCAGCUCUGUGCUUCUGGGCUCCCACAAGCACUGCAGCCUCAGUGCAGAGAGCCUCCCUCACCGCACCAUUCUUGUACCAAAUGAAUCAGUUCAGACCUCUGAUCACUCUCCUGCAGUUCUCUCUCAGCAGGCUGGAGGUGAGUCAAACUGUGACUCUGCUUUCUUCCCCCCCGCUUCUUUUCCUACGACAAAAAUGCAGGUUUCUGUGAGGUGCUGAGAGUGCAGCAGUGGUUCUGUUUGGAGAUGGGGUUGGAUGCAGAGCAGCUCUCUGCAAGAUCAUCUUCUGAUUGUGCACCUGAGACGUGGGGGUUGUGUGAUUGCUUUCAGAUAUCCCUUGCUUUGAGGCACUGCCUGUGUUCCCAGCCCAGGCUACCUGUGGGAGCACCAGAAAUUUUCCAUGUCCCUAGCUUUUUUUUGUUUUGUUUUGUUUAGUUUUGGCAUCGAUUUCUUCCAGACCUGAAACUUUGUCUUCAGAAUGAAUGUUGGUUUUUCCUGAGUCUGUUCCAAGCUGCCUUCGCAUGCUUCCUGUUGCUUGAGCAACUGCUUUAUCCAGUGCCCUGAGAGAGGCUUGGUUUCAGUGUUUGCAGGCUGCGGAUGCUGCUGUCCCUUCCAAGUUUGAUCCUUUGGGUCUGUUCCUGCUGCUGAAGAUCAUUUACAGAUGUGUCAGGCUGAACUCAUAGGCCAGGGCUGGGGUUCAGGACAUACUCUAACACUUGUUAAUAUGGAAUUGGGAGGGGUUUUGUUUGAAAGCAAGUUAACUCCGUUCUCAGGAGCAAGAACCUUUUCCUCUGUAAAUAUUUUAGAUAUACUUAAAGUGAUAGAUUGGAAAAAUGUCUACCCAGCCUUUGUUUUUGAACAAGAGCAGGCACAUGGGAGCAAAUGUCUUACUAAUCUCAUUAAGGGCUGACGGCAGCUGCCAAGUGGGAUGACCACGUCUGGCUCCUGCACAAGGACAAGGCAGAGGACGGUUCCUGCUCCAAAGAAUUUAGCCUGAGAGAAUUUAGUCUGCAUCACAAACAUUUCUGUGCAUAACCCUUGUUUUUCCUCCUGUAAGCUAACGAGAACAACCCCAGCACUUGUGUUAGUCGGAGUGUUUGGCCUUUCACACUGGACCAAUGUGCUCCAGGUCCAAUAGAACUGAAGGAGGCUGACUCUGAACAGAAAAAGGCUAAUUUAAUUUGUAGUAAAACAUUAAAGGGAAUCGGAUUAACCAGACUUCUGUUAAUAUUGUUGAUGCUUGGGGUGUGUUUUACCCUUGUGACACAACAUGCAAUCUUGUACAUGCCAGCACACACACACACACACACACACACACACACACACACCACCCCUCUCCCUCUUCUUAAAGCCUGGAUCUUAGUUAAUGGAAAUUCAGGAGCUCAGUGAUGCUGGAAUUAGGGCCCAUGGAGUGACUGUUGCUAUUUACGCUUUUGGCAGCCUCUCAAGUCAAAUUCAAAGACUGACAAGGUUACCUCA